CGAGAAGGGUGUCUGGUCUCCACAAAAGAAGCACAAUACAUUUUCUACAAAUGCUUUGUCGCGCAGACUAUCGAGUUUUUUAAAGCACUACAAGAACGUUUCGACAAUCGAAUCUUUUCAAGACUGAAAGAUUGAAUAAACAAAAAAUAAAUAAAAACUGAGAUUUGAAAGUGAAAAGUUUAGGAAAGAUGCGUCUCAUGCGAUGGAUAUUUCGAAUCCUAGUGGUGUGUGGCUGCUGGCGGCCGUCGUCUUGGACGACGCCGUUAAAAAUGUUCCUGUACACCGUGUACAGAACCGUCAUCUUGCUACUGGUUUACACCGUGACGUUUCUUCAAUUCAUGGACAUAGUGCUGAACGUUCGAAAUCAGGACGAGUUCAGCGAUAAUUUCUAUAUGUUGCUGGCGAUGAUUGUUUCUUGUCACAAACUCUACAGCUUGCUGAAGAGUCGCGACAGCAUCCGUGCUUUGAUCAGCAUCCUCGAAAAGGAGCCUUUUCUACCGGGGAACGCCGAGGAAAUUGGGAUUCGGACGAGAUUCGACAAAAGAGCCGAAUCGAUUACCCUUCUGUACGCGGGUCUGGUCGAGGUAACAGUGCUCUCUAUCUCGUGCGCUGCGCUGCUGACAUCCGAUAACAUAGAGCUACCCUAUCGAAUGUGGCUACCUUGCAACUGUUCAUCAACGUACUCGAUGAGCCUCACUUAUACUCAACAAGUUCUAGCAUUGACAGCUGGAUCGUUGUUGCACGUUGCCUGCGACGGUUUGAUCUGCGGUCUGUUGACCCACACGUACAGCCAGAUGGAGAUACUCGGAUGUCGUCUGAAAACGAUUAAAAGAGGCGAGAAUGAAUUCGCUAGUAUGAUAAACACAGAGUUUCGAAUGGUAAUUUUCGUUCAAUUCGCGGUGAGUACCUUAGAGGUGUGCUUCAACCUGUACCUCUUAACGACUAUGAAAAGCGCCAACGCUCAGUAUGUGAAAAUAAUACUGUAUACUUCUUCCAUGCUGACGCAGAUUUUCGUUUAUUGUUGGCACGGGGACGAAGUUAAGUCGAAGAGCCUCGACAUUUCUAACAUGAUUUUUCGAACUGACUGGACGUUCCUCGACAAGAACGCCAAAAGAGUUCUCUUGAUGAUCAUGAGACGCGCGUCAGUGCCCAUCGAAUUUACCAGUAUGCACAUCGCGCAUAUGAAUCUUGAAACUUUCGUGAGCGUUAGUAUACAUAAUUUUUCAUCGAGAAAAGAAUAAAUAUAAAUUUACUUGAUAUAUACAGUACUUUGAUUGAAAAGGGAAGGGACUAUGUGCGACUGAACGCUGCAAUUCACUGGAAACUUUUCUAAUGAAAGAUGUAUUCCUCUUCUAAAAAAAUGGUCAAAAAAUUAGUCAACAGAGUACACCUGUAAGAUAUGUUUAUUUCAGGUACUUAAAACUUCUUACUCGGCGUACAAUGUUCUCCAACGAGGUCGGGGGUAGCUGAACGAACCGUGGCAGUUUUCAACCGUUAGAAAAUCGAGAAGAGGAAGACAAGAUGAAAAAGAUGUCGA